CGAAGGCAGGGUUACAUGCAUGCGAUGCAAACAGCGGGGGAGGGGAAGGGUGAAGAGUUUGCGGUGAGGCUAAAUUUGCGCGCACAACGUCGCGUAUUGCCGCCGUGUCCGCACAGUCCGCGCAAAGAGCGCGCGCGCCCGCGCAAGUGCAUUUUACCCCACUCCCCUACCAUGGGGCGAUUGCAUACCUUCGUGGUGACGCUGCGGCGGGAGAGCCUGGAGACCAACUGGGGGCUCCGGCUGGUGGGCGGCGCGGACCUCGCCACUCCGCUCAUCGUUACUAGGGUGACGCCUGGCACUCCAGCCGGCCGGGAACUCCUCCGAGGGGACAUCAUCGCGAAGAUCGACGACUACGACGCCCGAGACUUGAGGCACGAAGACGCACAGAACCUCUUUAAAAAUGCGCGCAACCAGAUCAAAAUCGUCGUCCAGAGGGGCGGCUCAAGUCCUCACUUAUACUCGGUGCCGCGCGCGUCCGGCAGCUAUGUAGGCCGGGUGCCCACACCCACAUUCUAUCACGAACUCGCUGAGGACGUGGACCGCGAGGCUCCCAGGGGCGCCACGUACUCGUACCCGCCGCGCUCUCCCAUACCGACUCAGAUGGCGCCAUCGUACAGGUCACCAAGCCCGCUACCUCCAACUUCCCCGCACGUAUGGCAAGGCAAGGGCCCCGAGUCGCUGCCGCGGACGCCGGUGCAGAACAACUCGUUCCCGACACAGCACGAGGGCGAGUACAGGACGCUGAUGCUGUCCCCGUCGUCGGUGCGCACUGAUGAGACCCUCGACGAGUCCAUACACAGCCAGCCCUACCGCACAACGCCCCUGGUGUUGCCCGGGGCUAAGGUCCGCCGAGAGCCCGGCCCCACGGAGAGCUACCUCCGCCACCACCCCAACCCCGCCAUGAGGGCGCCCCCCCACCACGACUACCGCGACACUGUCAUGAAACAGAAGGUUGCCGAGUCGGUGCUGCAGCGAGUCGGAGAGGACGGGAACAAGGUGGUGCACAAACAGUUCAACUCGCCAAUCAAUCUAUACUCGGAGCAGAACAUUGCCAACUCGAUUAGGCAACAGACAUCGCCUUUGCCCUAUAACGGCCAUUACGGGCGGCCGCACGUUGUCAAGAGCCACAAGCCGACGCUGCUGUACGACCCCGCCAAGUCCGAGACGUUCCGCGCGCUGCAGGAGGAGGGGCUCGGCGACGUCGUGCAGGAGGUGCCCGUGCCCGUGCAGCCCAAGGUCUUCCAGGCGCCGCCUCACAAGAAACCUGUACCUACUCCGAAACCACCUAAGCAGCCCGAGGCGAAACCCAAUGGAAAACAAACGACCUUCGUGAAUUCGCUACACGAAGAGCACAUCCAGCAAUCGAACUCGUUCAAGCGACUGAUGUACAAUGUACUCGGAGAUGCAGACUUUUAGGACGCGGCCGCGGCCUUACGACCGUCAGAGGAAGUUCAUGCAAUGGCAAACUGAGGACAUUGAAAUAAGUCUGUGUUUAGUGUAGCCCAUCUAGGUAGUUUGCCAUAUUUGAAAACGUGAAAGUAUAACUUGAUGACUGAUGUUUGGUUUUGGCGGUUAGGCGAUGGCGCCAAUAGACGUACAUGUUGGAUUAGCAACGAUAAGACUAACAAAAUUAAUUUAAAGGAGGCUAAUAUUGAUGCUCCUGCCAGUGUGUAAAAUUAUUUUUCGGUGAAUUUAAUUAUUCUAAUACUCGAGUAUUAGUGAUAUAAUUUAUAUUUACGUUAAGUAGCUAUGUAACGUUUAUUACUAAGUGUUGAUUUUCUGUUUGUACAGAAAUAUAUUUAUGUAUACUAUGAGAAAUGUUGAGUGUACAGUCUAGUCACUUCGACCGAGCUCGGUCGUGCCACGACGAUCCAAUUCGAAAAACUUUAAUAAAUUAUUUAUUUUUAUCUA